UUUUUUUUAAAAUAGCAAUUUGAAUGUUUUGAAUCAUCCAAGAUUAUAGUUUAGUUCAUUCUGUCGUGAAAUUAUAUGUAAAUUUUGAGGGAAGUCGAUGCCGUAAGAGUUAAAAAUCUCUUUGACUUUUUCAGCAUUUUGACGAUGACUUUUCACUUGCAUGUAAGCAUAUCUCAGCUUCCUGAUGGAAAAGAAGCAUUGUUGUUAAGUUGUUGCUGAGUGAUUCAAGCUUCUUUGUGGAAAUCAGACCUUUGAUCUUAAGUUACAUCCAUAAACCUCGAAUUUUGUCCUCUCAUAGUCAUACCAGAGUGUAUAAAGUGGAUGAAUUUUGUGGUUUUGUGGAUUGUUUCUCAGUAAAACACUUGCUACAAUGGCUCAUCUUCUUGGAAGUCAAGCUUGUUUGGACAGCUUAAGGCAGGACAUAAGUGAUGUUCAAACAACAGUAAUGGAUUUGUUGUCCAGAGUGGGACCUGUCAGAAGUCCUUCAUGGAAAUAUCCGGAUAAAAUAUCAUGUGAACUUGAUAUUGAUGAUCUACUGGAAAGAUAUUCAUAUUCCAAUGAUGACGACCACUGCAAACUGUCACACAUCAUUCUCUUUGAACUUUUGAUCGACAGGCUUGUGCUACUGCUUCAAGGUAUGGCUCAGUAUAGUGAUCAGCUGCUGACCACGUGCAAUGGCAGGCCUGGUAGUGGUAAAAUUCUUGGUUCUGCCAUGUCUGUUGGAUUGGUGGCUAAAAAGUUCUGGAGCAAAUUGGUUCAUGCUCAACAGACAACACAGCAGCUUCAGUUUGAGAGUAAAACCAAGAACAAGACAAUGUCCAAAAUGGAGGGCACUAUUACAGAGCUGCGAGAUGAGGUGAAACUUUUUAAACAAGCUUUGGAUAAAAGAUCAGGCAAAUCAUCUGUCGUUAAAGGGAAAGUUCAAAGUCAGAGUGCAAAUAGAUCUUCCGUCAAGUUUAUUCUUUCACCAUCAGAGGAAUUAUCCCUAGAAAGCUCAACUCCUGCGCAAGAUCUUACUCUUGCUGUUGAAGAUGUUGCUAAUGCCAAGACUUGUCAGGAAUCAUCAACACAGACAUAUGACACAGCAUUCAUACCUUGUGAAGCUUGUGCAAGAACCCAGCAAAAUCUUAUUGAAGUUGGUAGUAUGGUCAUUAAAGUUUGUGAAUCUCAAGGCCUUCCUUCUUCAUUAGCAAAGCAGAAGAAACUCUUGCGGCAGUCACUUAUGGCUGCUGCUGAUGUGUCAAGGUGGACAUCUGAACAAAACCAGGAUCUUGGAAGAAUAAAUGAUCACUUAGACAACUUGUAUGCUCAGAUUAAUCCACUAGAAGAGAAACUUAGCAGAUCAAAACAGGCUUGCACUAAUCUUGAGAAGCAAAUUAAAGACUUAGAAAAGCAACUGUCAGAUGAACACAGUAAAGUCCAGCAAAAGGAGGAAGAAUUUAAACAGCAGCUCAACAAAGUUGUUGCAGAGAAAGAUCAACUGUUAUCUGAUGCAGAAAAAAUGAACAAUGACCUUGUGAAAGGAAAAGAUGUGCUUCAUGACAUUGUAGUUAAAUUGGAAGAAAAGAAAAAGAAGUAUAAAGAGACUGUUAAAACUCUUGGGGAAGAGAACUCCAAACUGUUAACAGAAUUAGAUAAGGAGUCCAAGGAAGUGGCAAGGCUAACAGUCGUAGAAUCUGAAGUUCAACAGUUGAAAGUGGAACUAGAUGAUUUGCAUGCUAAACUGAAGAACACUUCCAUUGAACUGGGCAAAACACAAGCCAGGAAUAAGACAAUGGAAAAACAUGAACAAGCUUUGCAAAGCAAACAUGACGCACUUCUUAAGAGAGUUGAUGAGUUGGACAGUGAAUGUGAAGAGUUAAGGGACAGGGUUCUAGAAACAGAAGGAGAGAGAGACGAGCUUCAAGGUGUGGUGGAAAAUCUUCAUUCUGAAAAGGACAAGCUUUCUGAAGAACUUGAUUCUAAACAGAAUCUUCUUGAAGAACUUAGAAGCGAGAAGGAAAAGCUACUGCGAGAAGUGGAGGAGUUUGAAGCAAAGACGGGAGAACUUGAGCAACAGCUAAAGGAAAGCGAAGAAAAGCUUCAACUUGUGGUUGAGUUUCCGUCUAUUGACGCGGCCAAACAACAGAAGACUUCCCAAUCCGACAAAGAAGUCAUGUUUAAUGGCGACGUGCCGUCAGAAGCAGAUGUCGCUAAAGACAUGGAGCGCCAAGUCAUGGCCAACAACAUAAGAAUUAUGACGCUAGAGGAACAAAAUGAAAAGUUGAGGACCUCUAUCGCUUUUCUGAUGAAUGCCCGUGACAGCAUUUCUAAGAAAAAGGUACAGGAACCUGUUGUCUUGUGGAAGUCUUCUAGUGAAGAACGGCUAAUCGACGAACAGGAAGAUUCACUCCGAAGAUCCCCCGCACUUGCUGUCUACGAAGAAAACCCCAACGUGACACAGAAAAGGCCUGCGUCUGCAAUAAGGGAAGGACAGCGGUCCUACUCAGACAAUUACAUGUCGAAUCAAUUACAACCCCGCCCACCAGCGAAACCUAGAGCCCAGUCCGCUAAGACAAGAACAAAGGCAACAACCUCGAGAUUGACGGAGAAACGACAGAGUGCCUCGCUGAGUGCAAAACUUGCCGCCAGUGGAAAACACGCCACGAGUAUCUUAGGAAGACUAGCGGAAGGAGAACCUCAGAAACACGAAUGGGAGCAUUCCCCCGCCCCCACCUGGGAUGUGACUGCCGGUGACGGGAGGGGUGGGCGUGACUUUGGGGGUGUAAGUCCUACUUCAACACGGUACACCCCUGUGAACGUGUUUGUUUGUACAAGUUGUGAUAAGAUGUACAACACACAAAAAGACUUGGACAUUCAUAAAUCAUUUUGUUAUGGCUCGGUCAGUGAAAAUUACACGUGACCAAAUAGCGCUUAAAGCUUCGAUUGAACUGUUAUGAGUUUGCGAAGAGCAUUGAGAAUUUACACAAAUGUAGAUUAGUAUGAUGCAUUAAAUGCUUAUGAUCUUUGUCA